CCAAAGCAGCAGCAAGCGGCGGCAGCAGCAGCAAGCACCCCAGCUGCUGCAGCUGCUGCUACUACUCACUAGCAGCGGAAGGAAGCCAAUUUCCCCCAAAUCGCCUCCUCCCAAAUGCGAAUCCCACCCUGAGGAAAACCCCCCUCGCCCCCCACCUCGCCGCCAUGUCGCUGCAGCCGCCGCCGCCGGCCGUGGACCCGCCGGAGUGGCUGCGGGCGCUGCCCGUGGCGCCGGAGUACCACCCCACGCUCGCGGAGUUCGCCGACCCCAUUGCCUACAUCCUCAGGAUCGAGCCCGAGGCCUGCCGCUACGGCAUCUGCAAGAUCGUGCCCCCGCUCCCGCGGCCGCCCGAGGAGGACACCUUCCGCCGCCUCGAGGCCUCCUUCGCCGCCUCCAAUGCGGGGGACGCGGCGCCCACCUUCCCCACGCGGCUCCAGCAGGUGGGCCUCUCCACCAGGAGCCGACGCGCCGCCAGCCGCCGGGUCUGGGAGAGCGGGGAGCGGUACACCCUCGAGGCGUUCCGCGCCAAGGCGGCCGAGUUCGAGCCCCCGAGGCACGCCGCGCCGCCCAAGAACCCUACCCACCUCCAGCUCGAGGCCCUCUUCUGGGCCGCCUGCGCCUCCAGGCCCUUCAGCGUCGAGUACGGCAACGACAUGCCCGGCUCCGGCUUCGCCUCGCCGGACGAGCUGGGCAAUGCGGCCGCGGCGGCGCCGGGCGACGUCGGGGAGACCGAGUGGAACAUGCGGGUGGCGCCGCGCGCCCGGGGCUCGCUGCUCCGCGCCAUGGCCCGCGACGUGGCGGGCGUCACGUCGCCGAUGCUGUACGUGGCCAUGCUCUACAGCUGGUUCGCCUGGCACGUGGAGGACCACGAGUUGCACAGCCUCAACUUCCUCCACUUCGGCAAGUCCAAGACCUGGUACGGCGUCCCCCGCGACGCCAUGCUCGCCUUCGAGGAGACGGUGCGCGUGCACGGCUACGCCGACGACCUCAACGCCAUCAUGGCCUUUCAAACGUUAAAUGAGAAGACAACUGUCUUAUCCCCUGAGGUGCUUCUUUCUGCUGGUGUUCCCUGCUGCAGGUUGGUUCAAAAAGCUGGAGAAUUUGUUAUAACAUUCCCUGGAGCUUAUCAUUCAGGCUUUAGCCAUGGAUUUAAUUGUGGUGAAGCAUCAAAUAUUGCAACUCCCCAUUGGUUACAAGUGGCUAAAGAAGCUGCAAUCCGGAGGGCUUCAACUAAUUGUGGUCCAAUGGUGUCUCAUUAUCAGCUGCUUUAUGAGCUAGCACUCUCAUUGCGUCCAAGGGAACCUAAAAAUUUCCAUUCUGUGCCAAGAAGCUCACGUUUAAGGGACAAGAAUAAGAAUGAAAGUGAUAUAAUGGUCAAGGAAAAUUUUGUUGGAAGUGUAACUGAAAACAACAAUUUGCUUAGCCUCCUUCUGGAUAAGAGUUCUUGUAUAAUUGUUCCGAAUAUUGCUUUCCCCAUUCCAUCCUUUCCUCUGACAGUGGAAUCUGAAGUUACUGUUAAACAAAGAUUUACAACCGGUCCCUGCAGUAUUAGCGAGCAAGGAGUGGAAAAUAUUGCUGUUGAUCAUGUUGCUGUAGACAAGAUUACAGAUGCUCAGGACAUGAGUGGGUCCCUAUAUGAUUGUGAACCCAAUCUUAUGGCCUGUAGCAGUAGAAAGCUUUAUGAAACAAAAAAUGGCACACAGGACGUUGCUACUUUGUGCUUAUCUAACUCAGAUAUUCAGAGUAGAGGGAUGGAUGAAGCAAGAUCACAUUCAGCAGGUGGUAUCUUAGAUCAAGGGCGGUUGCCAUGUGUUCAGUGUGGAAUAUUAAGCUUUGCAUGUGUAGCCAUCAUUCAGCCUAAAGAAGCAGCAGUACAGUUUAUCAUGUCUAGAGAGUGCAUCUCAUCUAGUGCAAAACAUGGAGAAAUUGCAUCUCAUGAUACCUCAAACUGGAUAAACCAAAGUCAUGAUGAUAUUGGUCCUCCACCAGGUUUAGCUUCUGGAACAGAUGAUAAUGUGAAGCAUGCCAUAAGUUCUGCCCAUGUCUCUGACCGGUGUAGACAACUAUAUGGCAGCAACACUGAUGGAUGCCCAUCCGCUCUUGGGCUUCUAGCUUCUGCUUAUGACUCGUCUGACUCUGAUGAGGAAACAACUAAGGAUAUAUCAAAACGUAGUGAGAAAAAUGAUUUAUUCAACCAAAGCACAAAUACUCAGAUCUCGUCAGCUAGCUAUUCCAGUACAGUUCAGCGUCAAAAGACAAAUUCGCACUUUCAAGAAGAGGAAUGUGAAGCAAGAGCCUCAUCAUUGAUGAAACUUGUAAAACAUAAUAGUCAAUCUAUCAGAGAUGCAGAUAUCUGCCUGGGAAAUUCAGGAGCAUCGUAUUCGGGGUAUCUUGAUUUGGUUGAUGAUAUAACUACAUCAGUUCUAAAAUCGUCUUCAGAUACUUGUGUAAGAGCAGCUAAAGCUUCAGUGGAUCCAGAUGUUCUGACCAUGCUCAAGUACAAUAAAGAUUCUUGCAGAAUGCAUGUGUUUUGUCUCGAACAUGCUUUGGAAACAUGGACACAGCUUCAACAAAUUGGUGGUGCUAAUAUAAUGCUUUUGUGCCAUCCAGAGUACCCUAGAGCAGAGACAGCAGCAAGAGUCAUAGCAGACGAACUUGGUAUCAAGCAUGAUUGGAAAGAUAUCACUUUUAAAGAAGCAACAGAAGAGGAGAUCAGAAAGAUUAAGUUGGCUCUACAGGAUGAAGAUGCUGAACCCACAGGCAGUGACUGGGCAGUUAAAAUGGGUAUCAACAUAUAUUACAGUGCCAAACAAAGCAAAUCACCACUUUACAGCAAGCAGAUACCAUACAAUUCCAUCAUUUAUAAGGCAUUUGGCCAAGAAAAUCCAGACAGUCUGAUAGAUUAUGAAGGACAAAAGUCAGGCUCAACAAAGAAAAAGGUGGCUGGGUGGUGGUGUGGGAAAGUUUGGAUGUCAAACCAAGUUCAUCCACUUUUAGCUCGUGAGCGUGAAGAACAGGAUGGUAGCAUAGUGUACAGCAAAGCAAUGUCCACUGCUAUUUCCCACGGCAAAGUACAAGAUGAGGCAUCGACACGAUGCAAUACAAUCAACAGAAGCCUAUCAAAAAGAACAUCAAGAAGAAAGAAGGGGGGAUCUGCUGAGAAAUCUAAAGCAAAAAAGAAGAGAGCAACUGCUUCUGAUGAAGCUAAUAUGCAUUACAGUGAACUUGGGAUAAGCUCUGAAGUUAUCCAUGACCAACUUGAAAACUCUGAUGAUCGAGACAAACAUGGCGAUGGAGAUGAAAUUGAGGAAGCAACAAACGCUCAGAAAUAUCAACAACAUGACUUGCAAAACGUGACCAGGAAAUCAAGUUCUAAGAAGAGAAAGGAUGAGAAAAAAAAAGGCAGUUACCGUGAACUGUAUGACAAGGAUGAUGAUGUGAGUUAUUGGCUUAACACGGGUAGCAGAGAUGAUUCCACAAUAGGCAACUCAGAUAACACUCGACAACAAAGUCCUGAUCCAUUGAAAGUAAAAUCUGGAGGCAAAUUGCAAGGUAAUAAGAGAAAAUCCAACAAGUACAAGUCCAACGAUGAUUUGUUGAAUGAAGAUAAUAAAUUUCAGAAGAUGAACAAGACAUCAAGUUCUAAGAAGCAAAAGAAUGAGAAGAUAAAUAGACAAUAUCAAGAGGAUCAAAACAAGGAUGACCAUAUGCUUGAUGUAGAUGUUGGAGAUGAAGCGACACUAGAUAGUGAGGAUAAAAUUACAGAUGAUAAAACUGAAGACAUGAAAGUAAAAUCUAAAGGAAAAUUGCAAAGUAGCAAGAGAAAAACCAGCAAACGUCAAACUAGUGACGGUUUGCGCAAUGGAAAUAGAGUAGCCAAAUUUGCAUGCGAUAUAGAAGGAUGUGACAUGAGCUUCAGUACCCAGCAGGACUUGUUACUGCAUAAGCGCGACAUUUGUCCUGUAAAAGGAUGCAAGAAGAAGUUCUUCUGCCACAAGUACUUGCUUCAGCACCGCAAAGUGCACAUGGAUGAAAGGCCGCUCAAGUGUAUGUGGAAGGGGUGCAAGAAAGCAUUCAAGUGGCCAUGGGCGAGGACAGAGCACAUGAGGGUCCAUACUGGGGUGAGACCUUACGAAUGCCAGGAACCUGGCUGCAGUCAGACAUUUCGAUUCGUGUCUGAUUUCAGCCGCCACAAGAGAAAGACUGGCCAUUCCUGUGAUAAGAGAAGAAAGAAAAGUACAUAACUUCUAACCGCUGUGCGCAAGUACAGGUUUCUUCUCUGACGAUGAUCUGAAGGGGAUGCUAAUUGAAUAAUUGCAUCAGAUUCCAUUUAUUGUGGGAGUAGCCCACAUUAGGGGUCUAAUUCAUUUCAUUGUUUACCGGCUCUGCAUAACAGCCAAUUUUUCAAUUGCUUUAGGUCCGACUGACCUUUUGUUGACUAGGAUUACUCCCAAGUCAAUUGUAUCAAUCGGUCUUCUGUUCAUCCUGAAAAAUCGGGAAGUUCCUCCUGUCACUAUGUGUCUUUUAAAGAAGCAUGUUAAUCUGCUGCUAGCUGUUCCUUCAUUUUUAUUUUUAAAAUAAAAUGUCAGCAUGUAGUAGUUAUCUGUCACUUAAUUUUGUGCGCACUUUGGCAUUUGGUCUUUGGUUCUGCAAAAUGUUUUUAAGUCGACGAAACU